ACUAAAAUAUACGUGCCAUUGGACAACAAGAUAGGACAAGGUACAGACGGAACAGUUCAAAGAGUACAGCCCGGUGGCUCCUUAAGACCUCCUUCAAUCGCCCCUGGGUCUAGGACGCACUAUUUUCCAACGGGACAGAGACCUAUUGUUGGACAACAACGGCCAAGAGUGGUACCAAGGCCUGUGGUCCGAAGACCUGUAUUAACAAGACCCCAGGUCACUACGCAUAGGAUGCCAACAAACCCUGUAAGGACUAGACCUAGUGCAAGUAUUCCAAGUAGAACACAAACACAAGUGCAUGUUCCUGGACGGGGCACGAUUCACUCGAGGACGCCCGCCGGGACUUCACCCAUCGGGAGGUUUCCUUCUAGGACACAAGCAAACGCACGACCGACGAUUCCCCGGAGGACACCGGUUCAAACCCCAGUCAGGACUCCUUCAAGAACACCUUCCAGAGAGCCAUCCAGGAACCCUUACAUCUCUAGGACACAGUUGUAUAGUCAGUCAAGGACCCACACUACCCAGCAAGUAUUGACCUCAAGACACCUCCACGUGCAGCAUGGAGCCCUUCCAAAAACCCGCACCAAUGGAGUUUGCAGGUACCAUGGAUAUUAUCCCAUCGCUUGUUGCACAGGUUGGAAAAGAGUAGUGAACCCUAGUAAACCUUGGACCUAUUCCUGCAAACCCCUCUGCAGGCAAACUUGUAAGCAUGGUACGUGUGUCUCACCCGGAAAGUGCCAAUGUGAUGCGGGAUACAGAGGCGAACAUUGUGAUAAAGAUAUAAACGAGUGUGCUCGCCGACCUUGUCAGCAUCGGUGUAUGAAUAUCCCCGGGAGUUACCGCUGCUACUGCGAGGCAGGCAAUACCUUACUCGCUGACAAUAGAACAUGUAUAGCUGAUCAUUCAUGCAGUGCAAGUAGAUGUGUAUAUGGCUGCCAGCGGUAUGAUAACUACAAAACAAGGUGUCUAUGUCCCGCUGGAAUGCGAGUUGCAGCCGAUGGUUACAACUGCGAAGAUAUCAACGAAUGCGCAGAGGGCCUCGUGUCUUGCGGGAGACAGAGACGAUGCAAGAACACAUACGGGGAUUUUAUGUGUAUAUGUCACCAUGGCUACCGGUUCAACUAUGUCAAUGGAAAGUUAACAUGUGUCGCUGAAGAUAUUUGUAAUACUGGGGAUCACGACUGUCACCGGCACGCUACCUGUUCCCUGACCAACUCGGAAGAUGGUGGCUACAAAUGUAACUGUAACGUAGGUUUCAUCGGUGAUGGCAAGAACUGCAUCCGACUACAUCCGCACACAUGUGAGAAUAGACCUUGUUUCGAAGGGGUGGAAUGUACUGAUCUAAACAUUCUUGCCAGCACACAGCUCAUGGUUUUCCCAGAGAGUGGUGUUAUCUUUAAGUAUGAAUGCGGCCGGUGCCCACCAACUCAUUUCGGCGAUGGCAAGUCAUGUACACCAUAUCCAACAUCACCACCACCUACCACAACAAUAGCAACAACAACUCUACCUCCAACAACGACAGUUGCAACUACCCCUGAGCCAACUACUACACCGGAACCAACAACGACACCUGAACCAACAACAACUCCGGAACCAACAACAACUCCGGCACCUACUACAACGCCAGAGCCUACAACAACUCCAGAGCCAACUACAACAUCACAGCCAACUACAACACCAGAACAUACAACAACAUCAGAACCUACAACAACACCAGAGCCUACAACCACACCAGAGCCUACGACAACACCGGAACCAACCACAACAUCGGAGCCAACCACAACACCAGAACCAACCACAACACCUGAGCCUACCACAACGCCGCAACCCACCACAACCAUACCCACAACACCUCCUACCACUCCAUUCCCUACUGGUCUUACCGUACUAACCAUGGACGGUUCGGCACAACAGGCUCUGCUACCAGACGUCCAGGUUCGGAUUAUCAGACCUACCAUCGAAGACUGGCCCGUGACGACGGCGAACUCAUCGACCACCGAAGAUGGUCUCGUCUGGAUGGAGAUUCCCGAAGAGGAGCCCAUCAUCGUGGUCGCUUCCAAGAAAGGAUACAUGGAGACGUCUUCGACAUAUCGGUUUCAGCCAGGAGAAAAAAAUGUUUUGCCGAUGCACGUUCACAAACAUCCACUGAGGAAGGAGUUUGUAUGGAUGUCUGGCAUGGACCGCCUGGUAGAGUUCAGACCUAACAAUGAUGGCAUACCGUACAGUGUAGAGAUACCGGCAGGUAGUUUGGAUAUCCCGGAGGAAAGCAUCUUUGAGGUGAAAUUUUCCGGUGUGAACACAAGCAAUCCAUUGGAACUGAAGGAGGUACCUGAACUUAUUGGGGCGGUGGAAUCUUCAGAUGGAAUCAAACUGACCGGCUUAGAAGCCUUUUCGAUGGCUGAGGUCACCGUGGUUAACACGGAGACUAAUGAUCUAGUCGACGUCAUGCUCCCAUUCGAAGCCGAGUUCCCUCUCAAUAGAAAACCGCGUGGUGCUCGUCAUGGAACCCGAAUCCCCGCAUGGUACUUUGAUAAGGCAACAGGUAUUUGGAGAAAGAGUGGGGUUGGUAAAGUGAAACGAAAUCAACAUGGAGAGCUUGUCUGGAGCUUCCAGGCAAGGCAUUUUACAUGGUGGAGCGCCAUGGAACCCUGGCCGGAGACGUCAUGUAUAAUCAUCCGUACAUGUUACGACAAGAAAUGUAAACGGGUCGCAAGUUAUGUUCCUGUCGAGGUGAACGGUAUUGACUUCGCUUAUUCCUCCUCAAGCGUAACCAGCGCAGAAGGACGGACGUGUGCCCAGUUCAAGAUGGGCGGCCAGGUCAGGGUAUCUUCGCCCUGUUCUAAGAAGCCAAAGUUUAGGACAGGUACCCCUGGUGGGCCAUCUUACUGCCCAGCCGAGUAUGAUUCUCAGGUCCUCAGACCGGCUGACGGAACAGUGACACAGGAAUGCGAAGAGGUCACCAUUGUAGUCAGAAAUGUAAGAUUGACACACUGCAACGAGCCAGAGAUCCCUCGCCAUGCAAAGACGUAUUCCUCAGACUACAGGAUCGGUGGUACCGUAUCCUUCGAGUGCACCAAUGGCUACAAUCUUAUUGGCGAAUCGCAGAGGGCGUGCUUACCUUGCGGUAAAUGGAGCGGUAGAAACCCGGUCUGCAGACGGUUCAGUCCGGAGUAUACUUACGAAGUCCUAAGCACCAACUAUGACCCUUCGCGGGGUGUCGCAAGUAGCGUUUUUAUUCGGAACAGAGGAAGUAGCAGUAGCAGUAUUUAUUAUUCAAAACCGUCGGUGUGAUCCGAGUUUCCAUAAUUGUCUGACUCUUGAGCGAUUUUACUGUUUGUUUAUCUUGUCUUAUUUAUUUCAAAGUACAUCUAUUUUGCAAGAUACAUCGGAAUCAACAACUAUGGGUUGAAUCGAACUUCCACAGAAAAUGUGACAGGGCUUUAAGACUGCUCACUCAAUGAGAAACUGGAUGUUCAGAUAUUGGGGACACACGUGACCCAGCUAAAGAGGAAUUGCUGCCCAUGACGUAUACCAUUUUGAAAACGUGUAUCGCAUCGUUUUAUAUAUAUUUUUGUCAUUGAUAUCAAUGGUGGGCUUCGUUUUACUUGAAGUGAUACCGUGAACAUCAACAGUUGAACAUGAUAAAGAACCUAGUAAUUCACAAGAAAUGUGUCCAGCUAUCUGAUGAUACAACAAUGGACAGCACGAACGAAAUGAUGCGCACUUGUCAUUAAAAAAUAUAUCAUUGCAACUUUUGUUUUUCAGUCUGACAUAUCUACUAUAUUACCUCUGACAAAACGUUAUCACAUGUUUAUGUGAAGUAUUGUGUUUCUUGAUGGAUGACGUUUUGUGCGUGACUUACAUGGUGCUCAUUUUAUACUGCAUUGCGAAGUAUUACUAUUGUUACAUGUGUAUUAUUUAAAAAUACAAACAUUAUUGUUUUAAUAUAAUAAUUGUCAUCAUACGCUAAUUACGCUAUUAUAAACGUGAAAGUUAUAAGUCUUUAUGUCCCAUACGAGGAAACUAUAUAUAAAAUGAUUCUAUUAAGGAAUCCCUUUUUGAAAUAAAAAAUCAUAAUUCACUGUUUAUGAAAUGGUUCUGUCUCUUUAUGAUCCUUUUAGAGCAACUUUAUUCAAAUCCAUUUCAGCCACCUCUUGUUCUUUGAAGAAUAUGUGACGGUUAAACUGAAGUGGGGCAAAUAUGAGUUCUAAUUAGAGUUGUGUAUAAGUGCAUAAUAAGUAAUGUAGGUAUGUAGUUCGAAUUGUAGGUCAAUUCAUAUUACAAACAAGAUUGAUAUAGUCAACCCCCACUUGUGCCCCUUUACAACUGCGGCACCCCCUUUACUACUGUGGCGGUUUCUGGCUACGUCGUUGAAGUUGAUUUAAAAAAUCCAUGGCACGAUGCUUCAACUUAUUUUUAUAAAAAAAAAAAUUGGGGGGGAACUUUGGAAACAUAACGUGCAUGCUACGUCCCAACCGCGUCAUUGCGAAGUUCACAUUACGUUGGCGAUGUUCUCGCUAAGUUUAUUGUGCGCCCAGAGGCAGUGACGUCAACACGAUUCCUGCUACGCGCACCCUACGUCAGAGCAGAUUGCGACUCGUUGUAUCUACGUCUAUUUGGACAUAACGACAAUGGAAUAUGCGUGGUAGCCGCGCAGUGACAGCGCAUUAGACACGAGCCGCGUUGUUGUUAAGUUCAUUCCGUGUCCGCUAUGUCAAUGCUACGUUGAUGGAGCUGUUAGUAUAACCUAAGAAUGUUCUUACUGUGCCAUGCUAACACCGUUUAGAUGGCUCUCCCUGGACGGCUUCAAAGUAACGUAGCGAAAAAUGUGUCUUCAGAGAUCACACAGACUUAUCGCUACGCUCUCUGUCAUGUCUGUAGGCUUUAUAAGUUCCCACUGCGCCAUGGUUAUCGCAGCGAGAACUACAUAGACGGAGCCUUGUCUUAAUGGGGGUAUUAAACGAACACAUGACUAGAGUAUGGGAUAACCUGCAGUGACCGACUGAGCAAAUAUUUUGAGGGGGCAUAGCAUAGCAUUCGGGACAAAAACUUUAAAAAGUUUCGAGCGAAAAGUUUGUCAAAUUUCAGAUGAAAAUAUGAUGUUAUCAAUUCUGGGAUGGAUUUGAGAAAAAAAAUAUUAUAUUCAAUUGUCUUUAAUUCUCUUCGUGAUUGGUCUUUCUUCCUGGAUGAAUCAAAACAUAAACCAGUUUACUAACCCCCCUCGAAUAAAUUUUUUUAUGCGAUCAUGUUCAUUAUAAUGUCAUGAGUAAACUUAUGCUAAACCUUGUCAACGCUGCCCAUAUUAUUGUUAUCAUGGCUGAAGCUAUAUACGUCUCUUAUAAAUCAUAUCAAUUUAAUCGGCGAAUUUCCAUCAUGUUCGGGGUAUUAAUAUAUGGUAUCUAAAAAUGUUACUUUUGAAUUUGUAAAUAUUGAAUGGCAAAUAUGGUGUUAACUGUAUAUGUAUAUUUUGCCUGUUUGUCGAGUUUAAGCUCUGAUUCAUGAUUUUUUUUUAGGAAAGUGUGAUGAAAAUGAUGAAUGAAAUUAAAUUGUCUGAUAUUAUAUAAAAA